AUGGUUGCGACACAGCAAGGUUCGGCGCUGUCUGCGCUGGCGCUUCUUGGCUCGCUCCUCUCGAUCGCCACCGCUGCUACCGUCGAGCACCACUGGAACAUCAACUGGGUCCCUGAUGUCAACCCAGACGGUCUCUUCCCCAGGCAUGUCAUCGGCGUCAACGGCACAUGGCCUCCUCCCAUCAUUAAUGUCAACGCUUCCGAUGUUCUCCGCGUCACUGCCACCAAUGACCUUGGCACUGGUGUCGGCACUUCGCUACACUCCCAUGGCAUGUUCUUCAACCGCACUGGCUACUUUGAUGGUGCCGUCAGCAUCACUCAGUGCCCUAUUCCACCUGGUCAGAGCUUCACUUAUGAGACUCUCAACUCUCCUGCCUCGCCAGUUGACCGCCGCAAGCAGAUGGGUACCUUCUGGAUCCACGCCCACAACAACGACCAGUACACCGACGGUCUUCGUUCGCCCGUCAUCAUUCACCCAGAUGACCCGGCGGACAUGCACUAUAACUACGACGACGACUACACUGUCAUCCUUGGUGACUGGUACCACUCCAACUACACCGACUUGGUCAAGGAUGAGUUCUUGAACCGCAAGAACCCUACUGGUGCUGAACCCGUCCCCAAGUCUGGUCUUAUCUACUUUGCUCACACUCCCAACAACACCGCUGCUGCUACCUAUCUUCCUGGUUUCAGCGAGAACGCUACUUUGCCCUUCGAGGCAGGCAAGACCUACCGCUUGCGUGUCAUCAACAUGUCUGCUCUUGCUGCAUUCUACUUCUACCUCUCCGGUCACGACAUGCAGGUUAUCGAGAUCGAGGGUGUUGAUGUCGAGCCACGAUCCGUUGACUUGCUCUCUCUCGCUGUUGCUCAGCGUUUCAGUGUUCUCGUCAAGGCACGUAACGACACUGAGCCGCAGAACUGGAAGCUUCAUGCAAACAUGGACGAGGACAUGUUCGAUAUCGUCCCCGACGAUCUCCAGCUCAACAUCUCCGCCACCAUCUCUUACCCCAAUGCUCCCAAGGAAAGUUACGGACCAGAGAAGAUCAUCCAAGAAUACACCUACUUCGACGAUCUCCAAUUCACCCCUGUCAACGUUGAGCCAAUGGUCGAGCCCGAUGCGAGCCACCGUUUUGAUGUCUCCUUCGACACCAUGUCCAACGGUGAAAACUACGCUGCAUUCAACAACAUCUCUUACAUCGCACCCAAAGUCCCUGCUCUCUUCUCAGCAGACUCGAUGGGAGCUCUCGCUUCCAACCCUGCCAUCUACGGUCCUAAUUCAAACGCAUAUGUCAUCAAGCACAACGACAUGAUCGAAGUCCAACUUUUCAAUUGGGACGCCGGUAAACAUCCCUUCCAUCUCCACGGACAUCACUUCCAAGUCGUGCACAAGUCGCAAGAUGUCACAUCCGACGAUCCUGCCAUCAACCCUGCGUUCAACGCUUCCCAAGUCAAUCCAAUGCGACGUGAUACUGUCAUGGUUCCUCCUGGUGGAUCGGCAUAUUUGAGGUUCAGGGCGGACAACCCAGGAGCUUGGUUCUUCCACUGUCAUAUUGACCCCCAUCUUGUUUCUGGCUUGGCUUCCAUCUUUAUCGAAGCGCCAGAUGUGCUGUCGAAUGAGUACCUCAACCUGCCGGGCUACAUCAAGGAUCAGUGCCAGGCUCAGGGCAUCCUGACAACGGGAAAUGCCGUCGGUUUGAAUUCGACUACUGACUUCCGGGGCUUGGAGAAGGGCCCGACCUACUUGGAGUCGGGUUGGACGGGCAGAGCGAUCGGUGCUUUUACUGGUUGCAUUUUGACGGGUUUGCUCGGUUUGGCGACCGUGGUUGUGUACGGCUGGCACUCGGGCGAUGAUGAAGAUGUUGAGGAUGAUGAUGAGGACAAGGAAGACAAGUAA